CUGCCCGGGCGAGCGAGGUAGGCCCUGGGCGGCUGCGGCUGCGGCCGGGACCCUGACGUGCUUCCGUGGGCGGGGCCAGCUGCACGCAAGCUCACUUCCGACGCGGCUGCGAAGUUCCGGGUUCUUACGGUUGCGGCUGUUUGUAGGGGUUGCUAGCUAAUAGACUGUGUGCUUUAACUGCCGAGGGCGAUGCGCUCUGGUGCAGUCGUCAGGGUCUGCCAGAAAGCCUGCAGAUGCCUGUUGUCUGGUUUUGGGGGUCGAGUAGAUGGGGGCCAGCCAGAGCGGUUGACGGAAGGGAGUAGCCUCCUUGGAGAGCCCCCGAGGUCGCCCGCGGAGCUGCCUGGGGGGAGCGAACCAAGAGAAGCCCCAGAGUCUGGAGAGGGGAGCGAAGCGCUGGUAGAGAUCUGUCAGAGAAGGCAUUUCCUCAAUGGCACCCAGCGGCGGGUUAGCCGAGAUUCUCUCCUGAGCGGGUGCCACGCCGGCUUUGGCCCCUUGGGCUUAGAGUUGCGCAAGAACUUGGUGGCAGAAUGGUGGUCCUCCGUGGUGGUGUUCAGGGAACAGGUCUUUCCGGUAGACGCCCUCCACCAUGAAUCGGGCCCUUCGCUGCCCGGGGACAAUGCCUUCAGGUUAGUUUCCGCAGAAACUCUACGCGAAAUCCUGCAAGACAAAGAACUGAGUAAGGAACAGCUAGUAGCAUUUCUUGAGAACUUAUUAAAAACUUCUGGGAAACUACGGGAGAACCUCCUUCACGGGGCCUUGGAGCACUAUGUUAAUUGCCUGGAUCUGGUAAACAAGAGGCUGCCUUAUGGCCUCGCUCAGAUUGGAGUGUGUUUUCAUCCUGCUUCUGAUACUAAGCAGACAUCUAAUGGUGUUAAAAGAAUCGGUGAGACGACGGAAGCUUCACUGGUAUGGUUUACUUCAGCAAGAACUGCCAGCCAGUGGCUUGAUUUCUGGUUACGUCAUCGACUCCUGUGGUGGAGAAAGUUUGCUGUGAGUCCAUCUAACUUCAGCAGCAGUGACUGUCAGGAUGAAGAGGGACGAAAAGGAAACAAACUUUACUACAAUUUUCCCUGGGGAAAGGAGCCAAUAGAAACCCUGUGGAAUCUAGGAGAUCAGGAACUUUUACACAUGUAUCCUGGAAAUGUGUCUCAAUUACAUGGCCGAGAUGGACGAAAAAAUGUGGUUCCUUCUGUCUUAUCUAUAAAUGGAGAUCUGGACCGAGGCAUGCUGGCUUACCUCUACGAUUCUUUCCAGCUAACAGAGAACUCCUUUACAAGAAAGAAAAAUCUUCAUAGAAAGGUACUUAAGCUUCACCCUUGUCUAGCCCCUAUUAAGGUUGCUUUGGAUAUGGGAAAAGGCCCAACAGUGGAACUAAGACAGGUUUGUCAAGGGCUGUUUAAUGAAUUACUAGAAAGUGGAAUUUCUGUGUGGCCUGGUUAUUUGGAAACUGCACAAUCCUCAUUGGAACAACUUUAUUCAAAAUACAUUUCAAAUCCACAUCUCUCCAUUUUCACUGCUACUACCCAAGUGAAGGUCACCAAUAUCUCUUGCCUGGAUUAUUGAAGUAAUCUCCUAAUUGACCUUCCUGUCUCUAGUUUUAAAACUUCUGUUUUUCAAUAAAGGAAUUCAUUCUUUCCUCUGGAUUUAUUUUGUGAUUUUAUGUAGCUUUUUGUGUUGAAUACAUACCUGUUGGGUGAAAAGUUGUCAAACUUUGUGUUUUUCUCCUUAGUUCUCUAAUAAUUGGUUAAAAUACACCUUUAAGAUGAUGUAAAAAGAAAAGUAGGUUGUUAUGGGUAAGAUAAACCAAAAUGAAGGGAUGGUAUUUAAACUUUUCAGUCCUCUCGGUUCUAGAAUCAUAUCCUUUGAGUCAUGUGGACGUUAUCAAAUUAUAGUUUUUCUUGAUACAGUAAAGGCUUUAUUGUUUUAGGUUAUUUUUAUCCAAAUAUUUAUUAAGCGCUUAGUGUGUUUUCUAUACUUUGAUAUAGCAAUAAAAAAGGCAGAGAAGUUUCCUGUUCUUAUGCAGCUUAUAUUCUAGUGGGAUAAAAUAGACAGUAAACAAGUAAAUAGAUAAAUAAGGUAAUGUUGAUAAGAGUCUAACAAAGCAAAGAAACAAUGAGAUAGUGUGACUGGCUAAAAAGCUAUUAGCCUACAAAGUUACAUAUCAAGCAUUAUUUUGGUAUGAUAUAUUGUGCACUGGACUUUUAUUAUGGUAGCAUUAUAAGAGACUUUCAUCUAAAACAAUUUUCUUGGACUGCAUUAAAGUACCAAAAGGCGGAGGUUAUUCUGAGGUUUACCCAUAAUAUCACCCCAAAUGGUAUUUUGAUUAUUUCUCAGAUUUUAUUUUCUUUUUAUGACUUUUCAGCUAUUACAGUAAGUCAGAAACUUUCUGAAAAUUUUACUUUGAAUGCGAUUCAGAAACUUGAAAAAGGUGGUUUUGGUCUAGCCCUCCAGCCUUGCUUUGAGUUUCGUGACCCUGAAAGUAGCAUGGGUUCUAAAGUAUUUAAAGCUGCUAAUGUGGUGCAUUUACAAUUUAUGUUUGUGUGCAUGUAUUUUGUUUAACUACCUUUUUUCUUAGAUAUGAUGAAAUGAGUAUCCUCUUCACAGUUUUGAUUACUGAUGCUACUUUGGAGAAUGGAUUAAUACAUCUGAGAAGUAGAGACACCACUAUGAAGGAAAUGAUGCAUAUAUCCAAAGUAAAAGACUUUUUAACCAAGUAUAUAUCAUCAGCUAAGAAUGUAUAAAUUUCAAUAUUGGUGUAAUAAAUGUUUGUGUUUUUUAA